CUUAGCAACGGUUGCUACCAACCCAGACCAGUGUUAGCCUUCUGUGUGUGUCCCAAGAUCCGUCUGGGGUUUUACUUUGGAUACUUUCCACUGGUUGCAUAGCUCAGUGUAACCAUGCCACAACGCAGAUCAGUCACCAGUGGCCUGUCAGUCAACAGCAAGAUGGACACUGAUGGUUCAGUGGAAUCAGAGAUGGCCAAACUGCAGAGACAGUUCAAGAUAAUGGAGCGGGAUCGGCAACGCUACGACAUUCAAGCCCGGGAGCAGAUUCACAAAGAACAACAGGAGAUACAGAAGCUGCUUAAAGAGCAGGAGGAUAUUCAGCAAAAUCUUGGUGCUUGUAAGAGCAUGUCCCAACAACAGAAGGACGAUGAAGAAACUCAGAGAAUACACUGUCUGUUGGAACAGUGGGAGACAGCACAAGAGGAGUGUGAGACACAAAAACAAAGUCAGAAACAACUUGAUAAAGAGAUCUCUGACAUAGAAUUACAGCCGGCAGGGAUGCAAAAACGACAGAUCAGCACAAAGGACACACAAAGGUCAGAGGUCAGGCGUACUCAGAAGGCCCUACGCACUUUGGAACAUAAACUGGACAGAGCUUUCAUUCGCUUCAAUGAGCUGCAGACCAAGAACAGCCACCUGAGAGAGGACGUGCAAACUCUGCAUAAGGAACGCACACGUUUUCAGCAACUACACAAAAGGCUGGAUAGGGAACUUGAGGAGGCGCAAAAGAAAACCGGGGAAGUUAUCAAUGUUUCCAUUGCAGCUUAUGAUGACAGGGCCAAGGCUCAGUCCAAGAUGAUUAUGAUUAGGGAGAAGGCAGUGAAGGACUUUGCCGAUGACAACUCUAAGAUGAAAAGUUUAGAGAUUGAUUUUUUAUUUAAGUCUAGACUGAACGCAUUCAUGACCACCAAAUGCAGUGAGAGGGCUGGUCAAUAUGAUGGCCAGGAGAUGGGACACAGACAUGAGCUAAAGGAGCAGCGGAGGGUGGACUCUGGGGAGGAGUCACUGGAUGCUUUAGAGGAAGUGUUUCAGAGGAUUCAGGUUCUGAGCGGAGAGGACAAUCUGGACAUGCUAGUCACCAGAUUCAUCCAGGUUGCAGACCGAAAUUUUGCAGUCUUCAAUUUUGUGAAUGAGCAAAACAACGAAGUGGAAACACUGAGGGAUCAAAUCAGCCAGAUUCAAGAAAAGAUGGAGCAGUUGCGAGUGAAGGAGUUGCAGCAGGAGCAAGAUCACCAUAGUUCACUGAGAAAUUUUGAUGAACAACUAAACGAAGCACUUCAGGAGGCUGAGGACUAUGAAAACCAAACCAAAAACAUACACAAAAUACUGGACCUUAUUAAAACAGAAGUGAACAACAUCUCUAAGAUAGACUGUGAUCGCUCAGUGAUAGAGAACAUGCUGGAUACCUCUACAGGAAUCAGUGACAACAACAUCAUGUCCUAUCUGGGUCUGGUGGAACAGAAUGCCAAUGAGCUGCUCACCAUACAAGCAUUCCUCAACUCUAAGGAUCUGGAAAAAGCUUACACAAAAGAUUUAGCCAAAUUUCUUUUGGGCCAGAAACCAGAACUGCCUCAGCUGAACGGGAGCAUCCUUCCUGCAGUCAACAGGUCAGUGAGAGAGUACGAUGCAGAAGAGGCUCAAGUCACCAAUGAUGAAGAACGACCACUGUCACGAGGAGAGCUUCAAAAAAGCAUAAUCAACUGGAAAGAGACUUCAGCUCAGCAAGCAGCAACCAAAUCCUCAAAGACCCUUCAGUCAUUCAAUCCAGAGGACCCACUAACCUGAUUGUCUCACACACUGAACCGAAUCAGUCUAAUGUUUUGGGAUUGUCAACAGUUGCCAAAAAGUGCUCCUGAGAUGUGUACUUCCACUGUAAUAAAAUGUUACACGUAACAAAAGUUCUUAUCAUUACUAUCGCUGUUAAACUUCAGUUGAUAGUUAAAUAAUUCACAGUGUAAUUAUUCAUUCACACCAGCAUCCUGUCCAAUUAUUAGUGUUAUUAUUAUACACACAUUGAGUACAAAUAUCGUUUUUUCAAAAUACAUGUAUUGUAUCAUUUUGUUUUAUUAUUUGUUUUGUGUGCUCUUUCACCCUGUGUGUACCCAUUUAUUGCAGAUCUCCUUUUCUUGCAAUAAAAAAAA